AUGUCUCUUUCAGAAGAGACUAUAUUUCGAUUCUUACUGGUGACAUCUAUUCUGUCUGUUGGUGUUAGUUUCUACCACUGUAGUCCCGACAACUGUAAGCUCCCAGAGUGUCAAUGUCUGAGUUGCGACCCUCCAAAUGGACUAAAUAUUGCAGAGACUCCGCAGUUCGUUCUACUCAGCUUUGACGACGCAGUCACGCAGAACAAUUUUAAGUUUUUCACAGAAAUAUUUUCCGAUGGACUUAAAAAUCCGAACGACUGUCUGAUCAGCGCAACUUUUUAUGUUUCGGAUGAACUGAACACAAAUUAUAAACUUGUAGAAACACUCUUUCAAGACGGUAAUACCAUAAGCAGCCACAGUUCAACACAUAGGUUCCCACAAAGUUGGUGGAUCACAGCCUCGGAAACCCAACUGGCAGCAGAAUUCGAUGGCCAGAGAAGAGUGCUGGCGCUUCGAGGUCAUAUCCCUUACCAGAAGAUUAUGGGGAUGAGGAUCCCGUUCCUUCAGCAGGGCGGGAACACCCCAUAUCGAAUGGCACAAUCGUAUCGAUUUAAAUAUGACUCUUCAUUUGUGACUGGACCUAAUAAUCACAGGGGAUUUCUCAACUACAGGCCACCCUGGCCGUUCACACUCAAUCACCAGCCGGGUCGGUCAGUGUUCCCAUUCAUAUGUGACAUAGGACCGUGCCCCACGGAGUCUUUUCCUGGGCUCUGGGAAAUUCCCCUUGUUCGCAUGCUGGGUCCUAACGGACAAACCUGCGCGAUGGCAGAUGGCUGUAAAACAACCAGUGCGACAGAAACUUACGACUUUUUAAUGAACAAUUUUCAAAGACAUUACAAUGGAAAUCGCGCGCCGUUUGGUAUAAAUCUGCAUGCGACAUGGUUCGAACGCAACCCUCAUGCCCUCCCAGCUUUAAGGCGGUUUCUACGUGAGAUGUCCACUCACAAAGACGUGUGGGUUGUAGGAGCAGAGAUGUUGAUAGAUUGGGCGAGAAAUCCCAUUCCAAACCGCGCCCUUUCGACUCACGUCCCAUGGAAAUACGCAAGAGGAUGCCGUAGGGAAUGUGACUGCAAAUGA